GUCUCGUUGCCGAGUCUCAAGAUGGCGCCGCAGAAAGAUAAAAAGUCUAAGAAGUCAACUUGGAAGUUUAAUUUGGACCUUACUCAUCCAGUAGAAGAUGGAAUUUUUGAUUCUGGAAAUUUUGAACAAUUUCUACGGGAGAAGGUUAAAGUCAAUGGAAAAACUGGAAAUCUUGGAAAUGUUGUUCACAUUGAACGCUUCAAGAAUAAAAUUACAGUUGUUUCUGAGAAACAGUUCUCUAAAAGGUAUUUGAAAUACCUUACCAAGAAAUACCUUAAGAAGAACAAUCUUCGUGAUUGGCUUCGAGUGGUUGCAUCUGACAAGGAGACUUACGAGCUUCGUUAUUUCCAGAUUAGUCAAGAUGAAGACGGAUCUGAGUCUGAGGACUAGGUGGAGCCUCCUUACAAGGCUUUGCUCAGCAAUAAAACAAAUGCGCCAUAUAAGAAAAAGAAGAAACAUCUAAGAAUGGACUUUUAAUUUAUUGGUGAAUAAAAAAACAUUAUAGUCU